CCGGGAGGAAGUCGGGAGGCAGGAAGCUCCGCCCCUCCACCGGCGGCACCGCCCCUCGGCUCUGCCCCGCCCGCUUCCACCGGCCCACGAGGUCGGCGCGCGCUGCCUUUCCGUACUCCGAGCUUUUCGCCGCCUUUCCCGCUGCGCCUGCGCGACCCUGUCCCGCCCCACGCGCGGGUCCCCCCUCGGCCCCCGCCCCGCGGCAGCCGGCCGUCUCCUUCCCGGUCCCGCCUGCCGACUCCAGCGACAGCACCAUGCUUUUCUACUCCUUCUUCAAGUCCCUUGUGGGCAAGGAUGUGGUGGUGGAACUCAAGAAUGACCUGAGCAUCUGUGGAACCCUUCAUUCUGUGGACCAGUAUCUCAACAUCAAACUGACUGACAUCAGUGUUACGGAUCCUGAGAAAUACCCUCACAUGUUAUCGGUGAAGAACUGCUUCAUCCGGGGCUCCGUGGUCCGCUAUGUGCAGCUGCCAGCAGAUGAGGUGGACACACAGUUGCUACAGGAUGCAGCAAGGAAGGAAGCCCUGCAGCAGAAACAGUGAUGGCUCCUCUCCCUUCCCUGCCAUCCUCCAUCGGUGACUUACAACCUCAUGUUCCAGCCCAGGACAUCCCCUUCAUACUUGAGUUUUUGUUUGUUUUUAAUAGGGGUGGUUUCGGGAUUUUUUUUUAAGGGACAAUGGAAAUACUAGUCCGCAGCACUAUCCUCUGUUGAGAAGGGAGUAAUUAGGAUGGGGAACUGCAAAGCCUUUCCCAGUCCCCAGCACCUGCCUCUCCCAAAGCACCUUCCCUGGAGACAGGAGGUUCCUUGGUCUUUCCAGGGCAGCCUGUGAUUCAUUGUGAGGAUGGAAGGAAUCUGUCCCGCAUCGGGAAUAAAAUUCGUGAUGCAAAUAUG